AUUUCAUCACAUUUACAUGGUCUCAUCCUAACGACGAUUUCACAGCGAUGACUGUAAUUUUACAAAGAAAUAGCUGCUAGCUACCACCGAGGACAAUUUUAAUCACGUUAUCUUCCGUCAACCGCGUUGAUUGAACUUGGCUAAUAACUGCGUUAGCUGUGUGACGUCCACUCGUUUCAUUUUAACGCAUGGGAUCUGACUAUUUACUGGCCCUCAAGCUACUGUUUUCGCAUCGGAUAAUGCUAACAAUGAAGGUCAAUUUGAAGGUCCCCAAAGCCCGAGGACGUUCCAGAUAACCUCCUUCUGCCUUUGAGGAAGAGCAGCCGCACUUUGGAUAUUUAUGGUCUUUAACUGUGCCUCUUUGAGAGCAUCAAAAUCAUUAAGAAACCCUGUUGCAGUCAAUAACAUCAACCAGCACCAGGCAUCGACCACCGUUCACUGCGGCUCUUGGAAGAUCAGCGUUGUGUUUAUGUCUUUGUUUUGCGAAAACGAGCUGUUGCGCAGCCGUUGGAACCUGUGUGGUGGAAAUCUAGACUUCAAGCAAGGAGCUUGCAGCCACAGCGGCACAGCGUUUUUCAUGUCAGAGACCGAGCACGCUUGCAGUCGUUUAUGUCAUCCCCUCUUUUCCAGACAGAAGAUCCCGAAAAAUCCCCAACCAAGAUCCUUUUAUCUUACUGAUAGUGCUAACAUCCAGCCAAAAUGUCUGUCAACGUCAACCGCAGCGUGUCAGACCAGUUCUAUCGCUACAAGAUGCCCCGUCUGAUUGCCAAGGUUGAAGGCAAAGGGAAUGGAAUCAAGACGGUCAUUGUCAACAUGGUUGAUGUUGCAAAGGCUCUGAACAGGCCUCCAACAUACCCGACCAAGUUUUUUGGUUGUGAACUCGGCGCUCAGACCCAGUUUGAUACCAAAAACGAUCGUUACAUCGUCAACGGAUCCCACGAGGCGAACAAGUUGCAGGACAUGCUUGAUGGGUUCAUCAGAAAAUUUGUGCUGUGUGCCGAGUGUGACAACCCUGAAACUGAUCUGCAUGUCAAUCCCAAGAAACAAACUAUUGGUACUUCCUGUAAGGCCUGUGGAUACCGUGGCAUGCUAGACACCAGACACAAACUCUGCACAUUCAUCCUCAAAAACCCACCUGAGAGCAAUGAUAGUGGAUCUGCAUCUGUGAAGAAAGAGAAGGAGAAGAAGAACCGCAAGAAGGACAAGGAGAACGGCUCUGGCAGUGGCGAGGCUGGAAACCAUGACAACUUUGAUGCUCCCGAGGCUGUGGAUCGAGAUGACGAUGAUGAAGACUGGGCAGAGGAGACUACAGAGGAGGCACAGAGGCGGCGAAUGGAGGAGAUCAGCGAUCACGCCAAGAACCUGACGCUCAGCGAGGACCUGGAGAAACCCCUGGAGGAUAGGGUCAACCUCUUCUACAGCUUUGUGAAAAACAAAAAGGAAAGCGGAACGAUUGACGCAGCUGAUAAAGAGAUCUUGGCGGAGGCAGAGCGCCUGGAUGUGAAGGCCAUGGGCCCGCUCAUCCUGAGCGAACUGCUGUUCAACGAAAACAUCCGUGACCAGAUCAAGAAGUACAAACGUCACUUCCUGCGUUUCUGCCACAACAACAAGAAAGCCCAGAAGUAUCUGCUGGGAGGUUUUGAGUGUGUCGUGAAGCUGCAUCAGGUCCAGCUCCUGCCACGUGUUCCCAUCAUCCUCAAAGACUUGUACGACGCUGACCUGCUGGAGGAGGACGUGAUUUUCGCCUGGGCAGAGAAGGUUUCUAAGAAGUACGUCUCCAAGGAACUUGCCAAAGAGAUCCAUGCCAAGGCCGCUCCUUUUGUCAAAUGGCUGAAGGAGGCAGAGGAGGAGAGCGAGGGUAGCGAAGAAGAGGAGGAAGAAGAUGAUGAGAAUGUUGAGGUGGUGUACUCGUCCUCUGCCCGCGAGCUCAAAGUGGAGACUGUGAAACCAGACACGCCAGAGAAAGAAGAGGACGACAUUGACAUCGAUGCGAUCUGAGAGACUCGAGUGAUGAUGCUUUUCCUGACUUGCGGCUUUGACUCACGAUGCCCUGCACUAGCUAAAUGGCUGGCCUUUUCCCUCCUUUACUACCUGUCCCACCACCAGCCCUCUCUGCGAUCCCUUCUCCGCUUAGUGGCAUGAUUUAACAUAGCGCUUUAUCUGCUGCACAUUAACGCUGUCAUUUUGAAGUGUAUUCAGUUGAUGAAAUGGAGUUGCUUUUGGGGGUUUUAAUCACGGGUGAUUUGGGAAUUUUGUUUUGACUGCACUUUUUUUUUUUUUUUUUUCUUUUCUUUUGGUCCUUGUAUUUUUCCAGUCAAUAAAGAAUGAAUGUUUUGCUAUCCAGCACAUUUGACUGUUUCAUCUGUGAGAUUGGACCGUUUUUCUCUGGUAGGUGAUUAACAGAGAAUCUGAGGGGAAACCUCUUCCCUUAAAUGUUGUGCUGUGAAGCCAGAUGUUUUCUAUAUCAUAAAUAAAAUAACAUAAUUGUUAAAUCAUUAAAAAAAAAAAGGUGAUCAGAUUCAUCUUCAGAGCAUGAUGGUGUGUUUUUAAAAGUCUGCACUGCAGCUCUGUGAGGGAGGGAAAAUGUGCAUGUGUCCAUGUUUUGUAAUAGGAAACCAAAGUUCAAACAACACUAGAUCAACUAUCUGUAACGCCACUGGUCGUACUAAUCUAAACAUACACGUUCGCCUCAUGUUACAGAAAGAGACCUGGAAACUGACUGAGAAUUAAUUUGCAAAGUAAGGAACCCAAAUGGCAGUUUCACAUGAAACUUAGUCUAUUUUUGAGAUAAAAAGCCAGAAUGUAACUAAUGUGGUUUCUAAUCCAGUUAUACUGAGCUUUGUUUUAUACCACUCUUCCUCAUCUCACAUUGAAAUAGAAUUUAGAAUAAGGUGACAUUGGUGAUGGUGUUAUAUUUGUGACUGGUUUACUUAAAACACUGGGAAGAACAACUGUUGCUAGGCUGAAAAACCUGCAGACGGAUGCUUUGUAAAACGAAAACUCCUUCAUUACACUUAGCUUUACUGUUUAUUCAGUUUUACUGAUUUAGAGCUGCAUGUCACGGACAAACUUAUUAUAUUGCACUUUUCCAGCAGUGGAAACGGUGAACUUAUUAGCUCAAACUUAAACUGGUGUAGAAAUUCACAGCCUAGAAAUCCAAAAGGUAUAUCUACGACCUAUAAAUGUUGUAUCCUGUAUGAAACCUAUAAGACUUUGUGUAAAAAAACACAAAAAGAUACUAGCGACCUUUAAAGCUCUCAUUUAUUCGAAUUGAAUUCGAAGAAUAAAAGGAUGGUGUUGA